AUGGAUGUGAAGGAGGGACACCCUUUCCUCUGCGUGUUGUUUCUUUUCUGUAAGUACAUCAAAAACUUUUAUAAAACUUUUUUUUUAAAUGUAUAAAUCUGCACUUUUUAAAAUUUUCUACCAAGUGUUUUUUUUUUUUAAUUUUCUUCAGUUUCUCUGUGUUUGAUGGAUUCAACCUGUACAAUUGACAGUAUCCACUGUUGGCAGAAUCAGAAUCAGAAUGUCCUUUAUUGUCAUCAUACAAAAAGUACAACGAGAUUGGAGAGCUUCUCCUUUUCCAGUGCAACAGACAAGUAGAAAUAAGGUAGUAAAAGUACAAAUAGUCGUAAGAAAGAAGGUACUAUAUAUACAAGACAAGAAUAGCAAUGUAUUACUUAAUAUUUAUAUUUAGAUGAGCAGAAGUGCAAUUUCCAAAGAUUUGACAGAGCUGAGUUCAACAUAACAUUUUAUUUACCAUACGAUGAAAAUAAGGGUGAUAUGGUAACUAAAAUUUUGCUUUGCUCCCAAAACUUUGAUUUAGGUUUACUCGUUUUUGCAUCCUGAUUUUAAAGUGAAAAAAAAAAAAAUUCCUUUUUUGUAUGCAACUUAAAAAAAAUUGUUUGUAAUCAAUGGCCUACAUUUGGGGGAGUAUUUUGUUUUAUAGUCUGACAUAGAAAAUUUUGAUUUUGAAAGGAAACUAAAGGUUUUCUGACAACUCUGAAGGGGAGUACUCAUUAAUGAUUAUCACUGUAGGUUAAUUAACUGUGUUUAUGGUCUUUUUUCUCUUAGGUCAAACACAUUUUUCAACUUCCAUAUCAAGUUUUCAGUUUGAGAUCUAAUAUAGUUUUCAUCUUUAUUUCAGUGGCAGAUAGACUCGUCAAAUAUGGACAUGCUGAAGGUGAUUUCAAAAGUUCUCUGUUUGUUUUUCUAUUUAUUCAACAUGUUUCCAUUACCCUCACUCUUGCUCAUUUCCUUUUUUCUCUCUAAGUGUUGAAACAAACUUUUUUUGGUCUGUCUGUGUGCCAAGCUGCGGUUUCUCCUUUUUUGGGGUUAUGCAAUAGUUUUCAAGGAGAGAACAGAAGCUGAUCAAUAUUAUGAUUCAGUGGUCACUUAUUUUAUAAUUGGUUGCAAGUAUAGAUUUUAGAAGUGCGUUUGUCUUAAAUUCCCUCUUCUUUCAAUAACACUCUGUAAACAUUUAGGAAUCAGAGUCUUCUCCUCUCUUUAUAGAGGUUGAGAAGCCGUGUCUAUGAUUUCCAAAUUUUUGAUUUGUCAGAUCGCAGGAUAGUUUUUUAAGUUGCUGAUAUCACUGGAUCUUUGUUUCCUCUUGGCAUUGGACAGUUUCAACCUAAGCUUGUGGUUGCAGAAACAAACUGUGGUCAUACACUAUGAUUUCUGGAAGUUAUUUUGAGGUGUCAUGUCUGUUCAUUAUUACACUGCUGCCUGUAGGCCCCAAAAUCAGGGCCAGUCAGUAUUUGUCUUCAGUCUUGUCCUUUAUGUCCAAAACCUUUCUCAGCCUCUUUAAAUAAUAUCGUCAUCUUCAUUUUGCACAGUAGGGACAAAAAUCACCAACUGUUGAACUUUGUCAAUGUGUGUUUUCUUGUUGUUGAGAUCAGUUUCCUACAAGGCUGUCGUGACUCUAGAGUUCAAUUGGACUCAGAUAUUCAGGGGUGAGUCGACAACUCUCAGAUGUGCGAUCCAGGGUGGUGAAGGCUCUGAGUGGCAGUAUGAAUGGAUGACUCCCACGUCUAACACAUCAUCGCGCUCCAAUGAGUACAAGAUUGAAAAAGCAGCUGAUUCAGACCGUGGAGACUAUUUCUGUCGAGGUCGACGCAAAGGACGAAAUAAUUCUACCACAGAUUGGAGCGAGGCAGUCACACUGACAGUUUGUAAGUGACACCACCAUGUUUAUCUCAGCAAAGUCUGUAGAGUUUAAUAGACUGUAUUCCCAUGGCGGCCAUCUUUUACAUGACGGGAAACUCGUAUAUUAUCACUUUUUUUAUGGUAUUCCAGGUCAUAAGUCGUAUAAACACAGAUAACAGAGCGGAGAUCAAGUCAUGCUUGAGCACAGCUACUGUUAGCAUUCAACCACUUCCUAGUUAAUAUUAAUGUUUGAAAAUCUCAGAUCAGCAAAUCUCAUCUGCAUUUGACAGUAAAACAUCUGCAAAGUCUAACUUCUGAAAUGUCUUUCGAUAUCCUUGUUCUAUAUCAAACAGAUCCGAAAGCAAGAGCGAAAAUAAGUACAGAUAAAAAAGACAUCCCUGCAGGGGGCAAUGCAAUCCUGACCUGCUCUGUGAACCCUCCAACGUCUGGCUGGAAGUUCUUCUGGUUUAGAGGCCAGAAAUCCCCUAAACCAAUAAACCUACAAGACGCUAUUGUCCUUUCAAGUCACCAAAUCAGUGUUUCAAACGAAGGACCCUACUGGUGUAAAGCUGAACGAGGAAGACCGGUUUACUCAACGGAGAACACUGACUUCAUUAGUCUGAACAAACUCGGUGAGUUUUCAGUAUGAUCCAUAAAACGGCUAAAAACAUAUCUACAAAUCAGUUAUUGGUUUUAUUGACAAGCUGUCUCUCAUAUGACCAGUCACAAACAAAGCUGUUGCAACCAUACGGCCCAAAUGGCCUAAAAUAUACAAAGAAGAGCACAUCAACUUCACGUGUGAGAUCGAGGGCGAAAAAAACUCAGACUGGAACUACGAAUGGAGAGGACCAGACGCUUUUAGACCCCCAAGGAUACCAGAAGUCUUGGUUAUUGCAUAUUCGUAUCACAGUGGAGAUUACAGCUGUGUUGGUAGGAAAAAAAAUGAACCAACAACCAUGACAGCAUGGAGUGAUAACGUCCAUCUGAGGAUAUUUGACUGUAAGUGACACCAUCAGCAAACAGAAUAUCAACUCUGUAUUUUGGCAUUUAAAAGCUCUGGUUGAUGUGUCAUGAUGCUCAGUCUGAGUCAAUGAAUUUUCCAACAGAUAUACCAAAGCCCGCUCUCACUGUGUCUCCAUCCUGGCUGAGUCCUGGAGGUUCUGUCACCCUGGACUGUAAGGUUGAAGAUGUGUCUGCAGGAUGGAGGUUCUUCUGGUAUAGAGUUGUCCCAAAACCAUCUAAAAACUCCAACAGAUAUGAGUAUGAGCUCCUGCCUGGUAGCAGCAGUGGGACUACACACAAUCUUUACACUGUUCAUGGACAGACGCACACGGCUGGAUACGCGUGCAGAGCUCGAAGAGGUUACCCGAUGUACUACACUCGAUACAGUGAUCCAGGGUUUGUCUGGUCCGGAGGUAAGUUUGUGAUUUUUUCUUUUUCUCUUUUGCUCCUUUACUGAAGUUCCUUAAUUUCUACAAAUUAAACAUGAGAGGUCAACAGUAGGAUUAAAUUAUAAAUAUGGUAUUUGUCUUGAUCUCAAAAUGUGAUCUUCCAAACUUUGUCAAAUGUUGACAUUAAAGGCAAUUAAGUCCCUCUUCUUGUUAAAUAUGAAUCCAUUAUCUUAACCUCAACCAAGAGAUUUUCCAAUGUCUUCUGGACGAAUGCUGCGUUCCAGUUGUACUCAGAAGUCGGGAUUUCCGAGCUUCGAGUCGAAUAUUCAUCUUGAACGCCCCCCUUAAGUCAGACUUCCGACUCAGAAAGUCGGACAAUCCUCACUAACCCCGACUUGACAACAACGUCAUAAUCCAAGAUGGCAGCACAGUGCUUCAACAGUAAAGAGUAACAGUGAAGCACUCGUAAUGUUUUAUUUAUUAGCACUUCGGUUGGAAUUAUUUACAACUGGUGUUGCUAAAAACAACUAAAAGCCGCUGACAACCGAUAACAACUGACAACCGCUAACAACCGCUGACAACGGCUAACGACAGCUGACAAUUGUAAACAACAGCUAACAACAGCUAACGGUAGGCGUCCAUCUUGGUUUUCCGACUUGUUUACUGGGCCCCAUCAAGUUGGGUGUCACGUCAUUCCUAGCUCCGACAUCAGACUUCCGAGGUAACUGGAAUGCAGCAUUAGCCAGCAGGUUAUCCUGUCUGCUCACAAAGUGAAUUAAAAAAUAUUGUUGGGAAAAGAAACCUAAGAUGAAGUUUGUGGUGUCUCCAGUCUUGUAAUACCUCUAUUAUGUUUUUCAUCGCAUUGUUUUUCUUUUAGAUGUUCAAUCAGCGUCUCUUUCAGUCAGUCCUGACAGAGUGCAACACUUCAACAUCGACUCUGUCACACUGAGCUGUAGGGGAAACUCUACCGAGUGGAGAGUAAAGGCAUUCAGUAACAAGAACUACUGGCCUAACAACUCUGAUUGCGAGACGAUGGAUGGUGCAACAUGCAAUAUUGCCCGAGUACGGGGGGAUAACACAGUGUACUGGUGUGAGUCCGCAUCAGGGGAGUUCAGCAAUGCAGUCAACAUCACUGCAGACAGUAUGUUUUCUCUGAACUGGAUGUGAAUUUCUUUCCUGGUGAGCCAUUGCUCGUAUAGCGGCAAAAACCAUCUACUGUGAUUUUUAUGUAUGUUACAGAAAAAAGCAUGAUCCUGGUGAGUCCGGUUCAUCCUGUCACUGAGGGAGAUUCUUUCACUCUCGGCUGCAAGAUGGAAACAGGAACAUUUGACAGUGUGGUGCUUUUCUAUCACAAUGACAAAAUCAUUGGAAAUGACACCCGAGGGGAGUUGAAAAUCUCUGCAGCGUCAAAGUCAAGUGAAGGCUGGUACAAGUGUGAAUCUGGGAAAAUGCAGUCACCACAGAGCUGGGUGUCAAUAACACGUGAGUACCAUAAAAAAAAUUGCUUUUAAAAACACCGAAACAAAUUUAACAGAAAUCAGUCAAGUUCUACUUAGCAUUACUUACACGUAGACAGGUUAGUCCAACUGGAAUGGCACCGAACAGAACUUCUCUUAGUCAGGCUAACACGCCUAAAUAAUGGGGAUAGUUUUCAGAACAGUAAUCCAGGCAAAUUACCCAAUUAAGCUCCAACCACAGCACGAAUUAUCUACCCAUGUAAACACACUGAAUAUUCCGCUAUUCCUUUAAACGACAACAGUUUUCGAUGAGGGAAACUUCAGACUGAUGUGUUUCGUAAAAGAGAUAAGCUCAGUUUCAACCUUCUGAUUUCAGCUGUCUUUGUUACAACAACCCUGGCAUCUUCAUCUCUAGUUCUCGGCCUUGCUGGACUAAUAUCUGGGAUUGUAAUUACUGUUUUGCUCCUCCUGUUUUGCUACCACGAAAAGACCAAAGGUGAGACAAUGCUGCUUUAAUUCAGUCCAAAUGCAAUAAACAUUGUUUUCACAACACCAUCUAAUGACGUCUUGUGUUCCUACAGGUUCGCACAGGUUGGUACAUCGUCUUUUUCUCUAAUUCUGAAUUGAGGAAACAUUAGAUGCCAUGUUUUAAGAGUGUGACAUUUAACAUAUAACUCCUUGUUACAGGACUUUUGGAUGUCUGAGCACCAAACAGGGCUCUGCUGUAAAUCCAAUUGCCAACCGUGAUGAAACUCAGCAGCAUGUAUACUCUUCUCUUGUCCACGGUCGGCCAUCUAGAUUUUUACAAAAGCUUUCAAAACUAUUUUGUAAUAGGUUUUUCUUUUGCUAACAAACUUUACAACUUUAGGAUUUGCCCCAGGAAAGUUAGAAGUUGGACGUAUAACCAGCUUCAUUCGCUUUCUGCUUUGUUUCCUCUGCUUGUUGUUAAACUUUGUGGAAAUAUGUUCUUCCUACAAUUUACAGCUUGAAUUUGACUUUUUGUGACUUUGCUGCAGGUGACAUUUCUAUCUAUGAAACCAUUGACCCCCAAAACAGAGGUAAUGGUGCAGUAUCAACUAGGAUACCCAUAUGUUAUCGUGAUUAUACCUGAUAGAGAGAAAUAAUUAUGAAACCCUCUUUUUCAGGAGAGACCGUGUAUGAGAACAGUGAUGCUAUGCGCUCUUCAGCACAGCUAAGAGGUCUCAACAAAUGUUAAAUAAAUGUUAAAAAUGAACCUGAUGGUCUUCAUCGAAUACCGCAAUGUCCCUUAAAAUUCACGUUUUUUUUUUAAUUUCAUUCUAGAGCUGUGAAGAAGAGUGCAUCGUCGGUGAAGAAAGAGAGACUCGACCAAAAGAAAAUUGGGCUGCAUGACUCUGUCAACCAAAUAUCAGAUACUUUUGUUUUGCUACCAUCAAACGCUUCAAGUUUGGUCAUGUUUUGUAAUUUUAGGUUAAGUCAGAGCGCGACCGUCAUUUCUGGGGAAUUCUGGAUGUCUGACAGCGACUGACUUACUUGCGUUUUUACUGUAAAUAAACUACCUUCUUUGGUUUUGGGCUGUUUUAGAAAAAAGGAACUAAUGUCAGACUUUCGGAAUCCACAUGGCAUGGCUUCAAGAUGGGUCAUGCAGCUUUGCUCAAUUUAUCACUCGGAUGACGUUGUUACAGUUUUGUGCUACUAAGACUCAAAUCCUGAUUUCCAGGACUUGGAUUUAAGCUUCAAUGACUUGGACUGGAGCACAUAAGACCUUGGAAGUUGGAGAGGAGGACUCAGACUUACUUAUUUAUGAAGACUAUUUUAAUAUUUAUGUUAUUUCAGACAAGGCCCUAAUCAUUUGUUCAGUUUAGAGAGAGACUUGGUUUAUGUAUUUGUAUUUUAUAGUCAAGUAAGUGUAUGCGCAAGUUAGAGCUCCUGUGAGUAAUUUUUUUGACGCUCAUGAAGUACACUGUAAUUCACAUAAAUGCCUCUUUAUGAUAUAAAAGCUAAAGAGAAAAACAGAAACCAGAUCAGUAACUUUUAUUUUGUGUUUUAUAUCAUCUGAAACCUUUGAGAGAAGAUCCCGUUUUUGUCUUUUUUUGCUUGAAAUGUUUACAAAUGAAUUGCCAAAAUUCAUCAGGAUGAGACAAAGUACUUUAGCAUGUAAAGGACAAGAUGAGCAAACACUGCUUUGUCCAAUGGAACAACAAUAACAGCCUCUAAGUAGACUCAAUCCAUGGGUGUAAGAAGUUUGUUUAGUUCAAAUUCUGAUAUAUUCAAGACUCAAAAUUAAUUUUCAUUCAUAUUUUUUUUUCCUUUGUUUUGUGUAAAUAUAUAAAAUAAAAGAUGUUGUUCUCCCAGCCCAAAGCAGUGCAACAGAAAGACAGCCAAAGUCCAUAUUUACAUGACAUCAAACUAACUGUACUGAUCAUCUAGAUCUCCAAGCACUCUGACCUACCCAUCCAAAAGGUACAGGUUCACACAGUCAAUGUCUUUUAUAAUGAUAAUACUUUUACUAUGAUAUUAAUAUUAAUACUGAGGACUCGACUCUGACUCGUCUUGAAAUCUCUUGUGACUCAGACUCGACUUGGACCUGAGGUUUGGUGACUGGACUGUAACACUGGGUUGUUAUUCCAGUGAUCCUCUUUAUGAGCUCUAAGUAUUGUUGUCCAUGUACUGUGCUUCUCUGUAUUUAGUCAUCAUUGUUGGCUUGUUUCAAAAGUUAUUCUGAGUUUCUGAAGUUUCUUAAAACAUUAAAAAGAUUUUAAAUAUACUUCUUACUGCAUAUGCCUCAAUGUCUUGUGUAUAAGUCGCAGAGUUUUACUACUGUCUUUAAGGCUGUGUCGAGUUGCACUAAUGAAGCACCUGUGAAAUUAUUCUAUCUUCAAUACUCUGUCAACUCUUUAUUAAUAUGGUAAAUAUCGUACUACAGUAAGCUCAUUUUAUCCAGUUGUGCGUUCUUGAACUUUUUAGUAGGUGGUGGAGGGGACUGUUCGUGGCACAUGGCGGUAAAGUUUCAAGCAACACAUUUUGUAGGUGUUAGGUGGAAGUGCGAUUUCUUUAUCUUACACCACCAGCUAAUACACGACUUUUUUCUUCUGUGGUUGCAGAAAGUUUCAAAGAGUGGGUCUGGAUGUUGAUGGCAAAGUCGAAGAAAUUCUGUAUAUUUGUGCUUAAAGGUCAAGCAAGAACUGGGCUUAUAGACAAAUCAAUGACUAAGUACUUCUCCAUGCUCAUGUGUUUUUCCAGACAUAAUGUUCAUACUUUAUAUUUUCUUUGAGUUGGAAUAUAUCUUUGACAUUUUUAAACCUUGUACACUCUUCCUUUUUUGAGCGCCAAAUUUCGAUUAUCAUCUUUUGCAGAUGAUACUCAAGUAUUUUCUGAUCAAAUCUCUCCAUCUUUAACUUUGCAGAGUGUCACAGGAAAGUUGUGCCUCACCCAAAUGUGAAAAAUAUAAAUUCAAACUUUGUUCAUUUGACCUAUUUUUUACACAAAAUGUUUUUUGAUUGCAUUACAUGGUUGAUGGCUUUGAUCACUACAACUUGCAUCGCUAGUUUUCUUUCCCUACGGAAAACUAGGUCCUGGGGAUUUAAUAAAAAGAAGAAAUAGUACAAAAGAGAGCUGCAGCUGUUUGUACCACACCUGUUCCACCUUUAAUUAAAAGAUAAAAAGUCUCUUUUAUAGCUCUUCUAAAUAAAAAGAUUUAAAAGAGCAUAAAAGAGAUUUUCCCUUUGGUUCAGGCAGAGAAGCCAAACAUGAACACCAGCAUAGAGCAGCGUGCGAUACAUGCUAACAAGCUAAGAACAGUGACCUCAGCUUCCUGGUGCGGUUUUAUUUAGACCAAAGAUCUCCUGAUGUACAACAGAGAGCUCUUCGCUUCUACAGCAGAAGUUUUAAUGACGGUAAAGCAUGAGUGGUGGUGUUUGGUCUGUCUUGCUCAUUACAAGUAGGGCUUAUGUUCAACGCAGCACUGCCACCAUGAGUCAGAGCAUGUUAGACCUGGAUAAUGCGGUUGGAGAUCCAUUUCCUCUCGUCUCAGUUGAGCUGAAACCGGCCUACAUCAUUCACGACCCUGAGGUUGAAUAUCAAAUGCACUGACAGACACCAGCAGGGCUUUUGCACACAGCACUGCCAUCAUGAGUCACAAUAUAUAAUCUACAAUUACCAUCGACAACAGCGACCUUAUCUCCUUUGAAUGCCCUGCUGCUGAUCGAUUUCACUCCUCUCAAGCUGCUCUACACUUGAGGACACUUCUGGAAACAGUUGAAAACAUGGACUGACCAAUGAGUCUUUGACAGAGUGGUGCUGAAGACCUCGCAAACCCUUGAUUCAAACAAAGACUGUGGAUUGUAGAUAAUGACAAAAUCUGCUUAGAAUCAAUGCUAAGAUAUAUUUAUGUAUAAUGAAGAAAUUCAGUUUCUUGAUUUGAAUUGACUUAAAUUUAAGUCCUAAUCUCCUUUCGGCGAGUUUAUCACUUUUGCCCAGACUGGCCGCCCCUUCCCGUUUUGGUCGCGUUUAUGAUUCAUCGGCACAGAGCUGACAGUCAAGAAGAGGAAACAGAUGUUUCUUUCUGCAGAGAUGGUUGACGGUCACCUCCAGUAUUUUACAUGCUUUUUCUCAUUCAGUGCUGCUCUGCUGUUUGAGAUCCUCCUCUAUGGUAUGUUUGUCUUUGCUUUCCAAUACUAGAUUAGAAACUCUGGCAUUAUCGUGAACAAAUAAUGAGAGAGUGAAAAUGUGAUUAAGAAGAACUGUAAAUGAAAGUUAAUGAAUCUGUAUAAACACUGAUGUUCGAUUCAUAUUUUGUAUUCCCUAUAAAUAAUUUGUUUUGUUGAAUUGAAGAGAACUUCAUCAAUACGGAUAAUUUUGCUUUUGCAGCAGUUGCAAAUGAAGAAGUGACAUUUAACUUGAUCGGAAAUAAAAGGUACACAGCUCUGUGUGGUUUUUGCUGCUGCUUCACCACAGAAAAUAAACUACAGGAACUUCUGGGUCUCUAUGGUGAUAUUUGCCACAAGUACAUUUUGAAAUAAUGUUUCAAAGCUCAAUUUAUUUGAUAGGAUUGACUAAAACUGGACUUUCAGUGAAUGCCAAGCCACUGUACGUUCAUUUCAAAGUAUUUUAAAGUUACAAAAACAGCAAAUCAAAGGCACUGAUGACUUUAGCUAUCUGUAAGGAAGCAAACGGCCCGUCACUAAAAGGGUCAACACGUGUUAUAUUUUCUGCUUUCCACUUAUUUUCUUAAGUGUCUCAUAGUGUCACUGUCAACUUUGCAAUGACCAAGGUGACUUCGUUUUCUGCCUUUACUUUUCAGAUGUCGAGGCUCAGAGUUGUGAACACGUCUACCAUAAAAAAGUUGGAGACACUGUGGAGUUGCACUCAUGCUUGUCAUCAUUUGAAAACCUCACCAUGGCAAAGUGGAAAUAUGGACCGUUACUUAUUGCACACAAAUAUAAGGAUAUUGAUGAUGAAAAACAGUUUAAAGGCAGACUAAAACUUGAUCCCACAGACUUAAGUUUGACAGUGAAAGAUCUGACUCUGAAGGAUGCAGGUGAUUACCAUUUUAUUUCAGCUGGAAAAUCACAAAAUCCCACCAUCAUAGUCACUCUCAAGGUUUAUGGUAAGACGUCUUUUCUCUGUUUGGUCAAACUUGUUUUUUAUUCUUAAGACCUAAUUAAGUAUUUUAUCCCUCGACCAUGAAGCUACUCAACUAAAACUGCCAUUAUCCUUUUACUUCAUCAGUAUAUUUACAUUUACAUCUACAGUCUGAGCACAGUUAGGCAAUUUACUGUUAUGUCUCUAACUAUGUCUUCUCACUCUCUCUUUAGCGUCCAUAACUAAACCACCUGUUCUGACUGAUAACUCCACUUGGAACCCCCAAACCAACUCAUGUACAGUUUUGCUGGAGUGCAGCUCAAGUGAAGGCAAUGUCAGCUAUAAUUGGACUGUAGGUAAUCAAACCAGCAAUGGCUCCAGGCUGCAGCACAUCAUCACAGGGCUAGGUGUGGAGACUAACUUCACCUGCAUGAUCUACAAUCCUUUCAGUGAGAUGUCAGCCUCCAGAGUAGUGAAAUGCAGCAGGUGUGUGCAAAAGAUGGGAGGAUACAGAGAGCAGUCUCUUCUAGUCCAGAGUUAAUCCAAGAAAUUUAGUUUUUGGUUUUACUAUUGACUGCAAAACCUUAAAUCUUAGCAGGUGUUUUUGUGCUAAUGUCUUCUUAGCUUAACUUAAGUCACAUUUAUCAGACAAGCUUAGAAAAAAUGUAAUUUUUGAAGAAACCAAACACCAAAACAAGACCUGAAUUGCUUAGAAAAGAAAACUAAAUUGUAUUGAAAGUGUUUAGUAUCUUGAAAAAGUAAAUUUUUCGGAGCUUGUUGGGUUAAUGUGGUUGAAACUAAGUCACUUGCUGAGUUUUUGCAGUGUUUUUAAAUCAAUUUCUCCUAGAGUAUCUUCAUUUUUCCGUAACACUUCGAUAAUCAUGAGGACUUCAAGAAUUCUUGACGGUCACAAUCCAAAUCAUCUUUCACACUUUACACAUUAAACAUUUUAAGUUAAAAGCUUAAUAAUUUCGAUCACGUUUUUUGAUGCCAUCUCUUUUUUUAACACAGACCAUCGAUUGUUGCAGAGCCCGCCCCCUCAUCUCUUGUUGCUUUGACCGUCAGAACAGUUUCUGGAAUUUUACUGAUUAUUCUGCUGCUGUUCUUGCUGCUUCGCUGCACAAAGUUACGGGGUAAAAACACCUUUUACGAACACAGAUCAUUAAAAUUCACAUAAAUUCUUAAAUAAUGAAACUGAUCAUCGUCUUGAUUUUUCUGUUUCACAGCUCCAUGCCAUCGUAGGUAAGUUGAGUCUUCUCUUAUCCUCAACGUCAUGAUGACUACAUCCUAUUUAUUCAUUUAUCAGUCCUUUCUGGGAGUCCCUGAGCUCCAUCAUGCCGUAGGUGCCUCUCCACCUGUCCAUCUCUGUAUUUCUACAUCUCUUCUCUCCCCUCUCUAAACCCAAAGCAGUCUCAGCAGAUGAGUGUCCAACAUCAGUCCGGUUCUGUUUGAGGUUUCUGCCUGUUAAAGGAAGGGUUUUCUCUUCACAUGUGGUUGAAGAUGGGAUGGGAGUGGGUCUGCUCUUAAAGGAUGGGGAUAAAUCUGAUCCUGUCUAAACAUUGUUUUUGGGGGAAUAGAGUCCCGACCAGCUUUUUGCAAAGGGUCUUGGGAUAACGCUUCAUGUAACUUGGCGCUGUAUCAAAAAAGAUGACUAGACUGAUCCAUUUUUCUUGCUGUCACUUCUACAUUCAAGAGUCGACCAAUCUCAAACUGUUGAUCAAGAUGAAAUUCAGCAGCCAGUUUACUCCUCUCUUGUCCAUGGUCAGUCUUAUUUCCAUUGUCAGUAAUGUUUGUCAUCCCAGCACUUGUUUAACAGGCUGUUUUUAUUCAAGAAUUCAGCAAAGAAAAGAUGUUGUUAAAUGGGAAUAUCUCUGAUUUGUAGGUGAUGUCAGCCUCUAUGAAACAAUAAGAGGCUCUGAAAAUGCCCAAACAGGUACUGUAUGAACUUUAAACAUGGAGUUUUUCCAAAAAGCUAGUAGCCACAAUAUAACUUAACGUAUGUUUUUGCAGGUGGACAACCGGAUAAUGUUACUUCUCCAUCAGCUCACCAUUAG